GCGGCUGCACCUGCGAAGCAGAGAGAACAAAUUUUGGGUGGAAUUUUCUGUGGAAUACCGACAAGUGUUGGUGCUAGUAAUGUGUUUUCGGUUCUAUUUCUGUGACAUGAUCAGACGGAAAGAAGGUGAGUCAUGAAGAGCUCCAAAGAUGUGGUCGGUCGAAAAGAUGACAGUCAAGAUCCCGCUCGCAAGGUAUCAAAGACUGCGAUGAUGAAGAAUGCACACAGCCACACGAGAAGUCAGCCGAGUGCGUCAGGAAGCUCUGGCGUGCUGAUGGUCGGCCCAAACUUCCGCGUUGGAAAGAAGAUUGGCUGUGGAAACUUCGGUGAACUACGAUUAGGAAAAAACUUGUACAACAACGAGCAUGUUGCUAUCAAGCUGGAACCGAUGAAGUCUCGUGCACCGCAGCUCCACCUGGAGUAUCGGUUCUACAAGAUGCUGGGACAGCACGAGGGUGUACCCAACGUGUUUUACUUUGGCCCGUGUGGCAAGUACAAUGCACUGGUCAUGGAGCUGCUAGGAGCAAGCUUGGAAGAUUUAUUUGACAUGUGUGACAGGAAGUUUACUCUGAAGACAGUCUUGAUGCUUGCUAUCCAGUUGAUCACGCGGAUCGAGUACGUGCAUUCCAAACACUUGAUAUAUCGAGACGUGAAGCCGGAAAACUUCCUCAUCGGUCGGCACUCGACAAAGAAGGAGAAGCUGCUUCACAUUAUAGACUUUGGUUUAGCGAAAGAAUACAUCGACCCGGAGACACACAAGCACAUACCGUACCGGGAACACAAGAGCCUUACGGGAACUGCCAGAUACAUGAGUAUCAACACACAUCUAGGCAAAGAGCAAAGUAGAAGAGACGACCUAGAGGCACUAGGACACAUGUUCAUGUACUUUCUGCGAGGAAGCUUACCCUGGCAGGGCCUAAAGGCUGAAACACUCAAAGAGCGCUACCAGAAAAUAGGGGACACCAAGCGAGCGACGUCUGUUGAAGUACUCUGCGAGAACUACCCAGAGUUUGCGACAUAUCUGCGUUAUGUGAGAAGGCUGGAUUUCUUCGAGAUGCCAGAUUACGACUAUCUGAGGAAGUUGUUCCUGGACUUGCUCGAGCGUAAUGGAUGGGAGAAUGAUGGCGACUUUGACUGGAUAGGGCGUAUGAAUACGAAUACGCCUGCUGGAUCCAGCCUCUCAGUAACAGAUGUGAAGACCCCGAACAAGGAGAGAGAGAGACAUCCCAGUCAACCAGGAAAUAAGGUAUAA